CCACAGAGCGCACACACUCGAUUUCAACUGCCAAAGUCACCUUCACCGGGGCCCCGGACUCUCCGAGGCAUCAUCGUCCUCUCAUCUCAUCACAGGGCUCAGGCAUCUAGAUGCCCGAUGCGCAAGACGAAGGCGGCGACGUCUCUGCCAAAUAUGUUUGCGAGUACCCCGGCUGUGGGAAGCGCUACCGUCGCGCCGAACACAGAACCCGGCAUCAGCUCAAUCAUAAGGGCGUCUCGGUUGCUUGUGAUAUCUGCGGCAAGACAUUCACCCGCAAUGAUCUCUUGAACAGACACAAGCUCAGGCAUCAGCAGCGCAACGACCAGAGUCAAGAAGCUCCAGUACCAGCACCGGCAGCCGCUGCUGACUCGCUACUCUCAGGGACCCCGGAUACAGUGAGCGCAGACGACAUUGGACGGAGGAAACGAAAGCGCAAGACGUCCUCAAAGGACGAUACAGGCUCCUCGAAGCGCAGUCAGUCGCCGCCGCUCCAACCCGUCCAAUUGCCUGCAGCUGCAGAAUCAGUACACAGCGCAGCGCAACAAGCACAAUCAGGUUCGCGCGGUCCUUAUUUCCCAAAUGUUUACUUGCCAUUGGACGGCACUAGCGUCAAUCCAUACACCGGAUCACCCAGCCCUGGCCUGCAACCUCAAGCAUCGCCUGUCAUGCAACAAGUAUCUCAGCCCAUGACUGCAGCGUCAACGGCAUGGCAGGCAAUGGGACUCACACCAGCCCCUGCGCCCGUAGAGUAUGGCAUGCCUCCACCCCUGCCAGCGCCUUCCAGUACACUCAUGCCGAUGCCGAGUCAGGUGGAUCCUAUGCUUGGCGAAGAAGUCUCCUGGGAUUGGAUCUUCAAUGGCACCAAUGGCGUCUUUGAAGAACCCUUUUCUCAAUUCUUUGAUCAAGAUGGCGACAAACGCAGUGCAAGUGGAUAUACUGAUUCCUCAGCGCCUGGCCAAACGCCGGAAUCCAUGCAUGCAAGAGACUCCCUUGAGAUUUCCAAUUUCACGCAUGCGCGUCUACUGCAAGAGUUGCCGCAGGAGUUGCAUGCACAGCCAGCCUUGUCUGUUCGUGAGAUUCGAGAUACGCUGCAAGUGGCACUUGAUUCACUUGAUACAACAGUGCCGAUUCUGCAUCGACCGAGUCUACAAGCAGAGACACUCAGUCCUGUCCUGCUCAUGUGUCUGUUGUCGUAUGGCUUCUUGAUUCAAAUCUCCAAACCAGACAUCUAUCACAUUGGCUUGCAGCUACAUCACAUUGCUCGACGGAAGCUAUAUGAUCCAGACAUUCGCGUGUCAACAGUCGAUCUCAUGUUUUUACAAGCCAUGCUCCUCCAUGAAGUUGCGGGAUCCUUCCUCUCCACGCGACCGGAGCAUGAAAAGUCGGAUGUCUUGCAUGGUCAAUUGAUUGCCAUGGCGCGUCGCUCCAGUUUCCUCGUUACAGAUACAAUGAACUAUCAAGGCCGCAGACUCAAGCUUGAGGAAAAAUGGCAGGAAUGGAUCAAACGUGAGUCGACAAAACGCUUAGCUGCCUACAUCUACAUCAAUGACGUUCAGCAAACCUUCUUGUUCAAUCACGUUCAGCUCAUGACAGUGGAGGAUAUGAAGAUUGCCAUGCCCUGUUCCGAUGAAUUAUGGCGUGCCGAGUCGUCUCGAGCAUGGGCGGCCUGUCAAGCCAAUACACCAUCUAAUGCACACGACUCUACGGUCCUGGUGCGUGAUCUCAUCAAUGCUUUCAUUACGGAAAAUCACCGUCUCAUUGAAAGUGUUCGAUGGACAGCACUCGCGCGUUACCUCACGAUUCAUGGUCUCAUGAAUUUGAUCUCCCUGCAUGCAGAUCGACGCAGUGCGCGCGUCAUUUUCUCACACAACGAUUCCAUCACCUCCAAUGCAGCCUAUAACGUUCAAACAGAACGUCUCAUUCUCUCUAAUGCGUUGCGUACGUUCGAGGCAUUGUUGGAUAGGUUGAGGUUGCAUCAGCAUCCACUCAUGCUCAUGCGCAGUCAUCAAGUUGCUUCACUUGAGGAUAAUACGCGUAUGCUGUUUCGUCUUGCAAGCGUUGGCUUGUACCAUUAUGGUCCUGAUAUGGAAAUUCAAGCAGGUGCCAUUUACUCAUCUGGCCGUGCAGUCAAUCAUGAGCGUGCAGCAGCUGCAGCACAGCGACUCUUGGCCAAAAAGUUGGAUCUGAAAUCAGCUGAACAUGCACUCCUCAAUAUUCAACAAGCAUGUGAGACGCGUGGGUGGGAGGAUAAAGCUUCUGGUGGUGUCUUGGACGCCGCUGAUAUGGUGGUUCCAACAUUAGUCUACAACGCAGGUCUUGUCCUUUGGACAUUUGUCUUGUGUUUAAAACGCGAGAUUGAUCCACUUGAUCCGAGUAGCGCGACUGUGAGAGGUCCCGAGGAGUUGAAUCCGCUUAUUGCGCGACAUCAACAAGCGGUUCUCAGCAGGCAAGAUCGAGCUGCAUCGACUGUGAGUGCACAGGGUCGAUCACUCAUUAAUGGCCCCAUGCCAGCGACACGCUUUUCAGCACCUUUGCCAGCGAGUCAGAGUGGACAUGCUGGACAUCACUCAGCCAGCGCUUCAGGUCCCGUUUCGAUUCUCAAAUCAACCACCAAUCAUACAGAGCGUCAUGAACCAGGUGGUGCGUACCACUCGGAGCGAUCAACGCAAGGGCCUGAUCGAUCUAUGCCAAGUCCUUCCAUUGCACCGAUUCAUGGUCUCGGACCUGCAGCGUCGAAUGCGUUGCAACAACAAGCUAAUGGAGGCCGGUUAUCACCACGCAGCGAGGGAUUGCUACAAGCUCAAAUUCGACGCAGUGGAAGCUAUUCGAGUUCUACAGGUGGUCAUGCCGGUGCCGGUAGUAGUCCACGAUCACAUACGACGAUUGCUACGCCAUUACCGUCGUUGCCACAACAAAUGCAUCAUGGUCGUCGUCAGAGUCAUGGACAAGGUCCCCUUGCUAUGCCAAGACCUGGUUCUGCAGGUUAUCAAAUGGGUCAACGCACCACUCUACCAGAAAGUCCCAAUCGACAUGCCAAUUUACAGGUAUCGGCAUUGUGUGAUACGUUCAGGCAAUUGGCUGAACGACGGGAUGUCAGAGAACUGGAACACUUACUACCAAAGAUCUUGCUUGUUGUUGCGCGGCGCAUGGAAGUAUCACGGUCUGCCAUUGUGAAUGAGACACGAGCCAUUGUGCUUGGACUUUGUCGUCGCUGAGCAACUAUUGUAUUACUUUGGCUCAUGCAUUCAAUGAAGUUUGUGAAGAUUUGUAUGAAGCUCCUAGAAACACGGAAAGCCCUUUUGAGCACCAAUCUACGUACAAUAGUCCACCCCAAGUCUGUGCCAUCGACGUGUGCUGUCUGUACAUUACAUCCCAAAAUGCUACCCUCUUUGUACCUCUCAAAGCCUACUCGGCUCUGUGUACUGUCCCAGAUCAGCAAAGAACAGCAUCUCAGCAGGCUCGCCAACCAUCUCCGUCAGCGUUUCUUGCCCAGAUGCAAUAUACCCCUCAAAAGGCGACGAGGUGCCCGUUUGAUCUCGUGAGUGACUACGUGCGUCAAGACCUUGCUGGAAGGAGAGUGAA